GUUUUGAAGGCUUCUUACUCGAUCUUCAACCACAGAGGUAAUAUCAGUGUCCCGAUUAGUCAAGCUGGCUUCCCUGCAUGCCGCCAAUCUCAAAAACCUCGUUGGGUGCUUGACUAGGACCUUCAUACAUCUGCCGGGCCUGGCACGUCGUUUUCAAUACCGCUAGGUGGUCAACUUGAAAAGUGCCCAUGUCGGAAACCCCACACUAUUCGUCCCCCGAUACGUCCGUCGUUGGCGAGGGUAGCACGAAGCGGACUCUGCGUGCUUGUGAUUCUUGUCACCGAAGAAAGAUCAAAUGUGAUGGCGUCCGGCCUCAAUGUAAUUGGUGCAAACACCACGACCUGGACUGUACGUUCAACCGAUCACAGGGGGGACGGAAAAGAGAAAGUCGGUCGCGAAAACUGAGAGAGAGCAAUCUCGUUGAGCGUUUGGCACGGAUCGAAAAGCUUCUGGCCGAGAACCACCCCAAGAAGGAAAUCGACUUGUCGAACGGGAGCAAUCACGACCUCGACGUCACGCCAGGCCGCAUCGAAGUUGAAGCCAAAUGCUCGCCAGAGAAUGGAGCCCCAGAUUUGGCGACGCUUGGACGAAUCUAUUGCGCCGGCUAUAGACUGGGUGAUAUCAACCUUUUUCAUGGCGUUCCCUUCUUGUCUCGGGACGGCCAGCAAUGGAUUGGUCUGAAGUCUGCUGAAGACUCUCGCGAAGAGUCUGACAGCCCUCUCUGGCACAAUCAGCGACAAGCCUGGCCAGCCCUGCCAACCUUCGUCAAUCCGACUCAAUGGGACAUGGCAGUCCUACCGCCUCGCCAAUCUGUCGAAAAGCACUUUCACUAUUAUCUGAGCUCCUCGUUCUCAGAUGCGUUCCCGAUUGCGGACAAAGUGCUCUUUCCCCUGAUUAUCGAGAGAGCAUACAGACACGAUACUGCUUCGGCUGGUAUACUGGCGACCAAAGCGUGUAUCUUCUCGUUCAUCGCCUUUACAUCCACGGCUGGCCACCCAGCCGACCAAGAUCUUCCACCUAUUGAUUUGGAACAAUGUAUCGCGGCCGCACAGCUGCUGGUACCUGACAUAUUGAACGCUAGACCCAGCACUGAAGUGGUGGAUGCCAUGAUGAUGUUCGCCGUGUAUCAAUUUGGCUGCGGCAACGUUCAUGCUGUCGACAUCAUACUCGCGCUCGUCUCAAGGUUUCUUUUCAUGCUGGGGGGGCAUCUUUACCCAGGAGCAGAGACAGACAGCCUUCCGUCCCAUUCCCUUAGCCUCGAAACCCGGAGGACACUCCAUCUCAGGGAUGUCUUCUGGAUCUGCUACGUUCUGGAUAAAGAGAUCACUUUCCGUACAGGUCGUCCACCCAUCAUCAACGACACCGCUUGCGACCUGACUUUCCCGAAAUACUACUGGCAACAGAUCCAACAGGAUUUCCAAGGGGCUCCUCGCUUACCCAGUGACUUGCGUUUGACGCUAAUAAAAUCGAAGGCCUAUGAUAAAUUGUACUCUCCUAACGCCUUACGAAAAGCUGAUGCCGAGAUCCUGAAAGACAUACGAGAGCUUGAUGAGAUGCUGGAGAACUGGAGACAGUCGUUGCCACCAAAGCGACGACCAACCCUCUCGUUCUCACAGCAACGAAGUCAUGUCCUUGACAAGGACAACUUCGACAUGAUGACAUUCCUGAUACGCCUGGAAUAUCAUCAUUGUAUGACAACGAUCCAUCAGGCAAGCAGUCGCUGUACAAACUGGGCCGGCAAUCACCGGACAGCCGAGGGUCUGGGUUCCAGCCUCGAUCUCGCUCUAGAAUCCAGCCGGUCCUUGCUCUUAUACUUUACCUCUGUCGAGCACUACCUCACCCCUCAUAUUUUCUGGGUGGUGAUAUUCUAUCCGCUUUCAGCAACUUUAAACCUGUUUUGCAACAUCAUGCUCAAUCCUGCUAGUGCGGCCGCCUCCUCUGACCUCAAGAUAUUGGAAAGGAACAUUGUGUUCAUGGACGAGCGUAGAGACAGUGACCAGCAACUCUCGGCCCCGCAGUUGUCGCAUCUUGCGCGCGUAAGACAGGCAGCAGAAGAAGUCCUAAGGCUGGCACAGAGUGUUGUCCUCCAAAGCCAAACCAGCGGCUAGUGAUCCUAGCCAUCGGUAUUCAUCAGAUGAAAUCAACAAGUCUGCACAUGCCUCGCACCUCUGCCGCUACCAACCUGGAGAAGAAGACUCGGCACCUGGCCAAGGUAAAGGAGUUCGGCCAUUCGGACGUGUGACAGCUUCUGUGCUGAAUCUCGAGAUGCACACAUCAUGGCAUUUCCCACACGCACCAAUGAUGCUCAGCACAAACGCAUGCCUUUACGGAAGACCGGCAUCGAUGUUUGCGAACAACCCGGACGCAACGUGGACUUGCCGGGCUUGUGCAACGCAUGAAGAUCCGGGCUCUUGCCAGAGCAGUGCAGAGCCUACCACGGUAUCAUCGCAACCCGGGUUCCUGGCGUCGCUGUGGAUGCGAUCAGCAGUUGUCGUCGUCUCGCAACUACCAUUAUGACAGCAUCUUUCCCACACAAUCAUCAUGACAGAGCUUGCUCCCCGCAAUAAGACCCCGGAAUCGCCUAAUCCCUUGCCAGAAGGUCCACCCUCGUUGAGCUCAAUGGCUCCCCGC